CCGCGCUCAGGGGGGGUGGGGCUGCCGAGCGCCGGUGCGCCGUCGCCAUGGUAACCGCAGAAGCCCGGGCCUAGGGAGCGGUAUUUUUGGAGUUAAUGGAGUCAGAAGGACCCCCAGAGUCAGAGAGUUCAGAAAAAUCAAUAUUUUUCUCACAGCAAGAAGAAGAGGAAGAAGAUGAUAAUGAAGAAGAAGAAGAAUCCAAAGAAGCAGAGGAAACUGCCACCAUUAAUCCCCUCUUACCCCCUGCUCUCACAGGGGAUGUAGAAGGUUUGCAGAAGAUUUUUGAGGAUCCUGAGAACCCUCACCAUGAACAGGCCAUGCAGUUACUCUUGGAAGAAGACAUUGUUGGGAGAAAUUUGUUGUAUGCAGCUUGCAUGGCUGGGCAAAGUGAUGUGAUUAGAGCUUUAGCCAAAUAUGGUGUGAAUCUGAAUGAAAAAACCACCAGAGGUUACACACUCCUACACUGUGCUGCAGCCUGGGGUCGUUUGGAAACUUUGAAAGCACUGGUGGAAUUGGAUGUUGAUAUAGAAUCUCUGAACUUCCAGGAAGAGCGAGCUCGAGAUGUUGCUGCUCGGUAUUCCCAGACUGAGUGUGUUGAGUUCCUGGACCGGGCAGAUGCAAGGCUGGCGCUAAAAAAAUAUAUCGCAAACGUCUCUGCAAUUGUUACAGAUACAGCAAAGGGACCAGGGAAGCUUUUUAAGGAAGACAAGAAUACCAUCCUCAAUGCAUGCCGUAUAAAAAAUGAAUGGCUGGAAACCCAUUUAGAAGCUUCCAUUAAUGAGCUUUUUGAGCAGAAACAGCAAUUGGAAGAUAUUGUGACUCCUAUCUUCACAAAAAUGGCUACACCACGUUCAUCAAUUGGGACUGAAAAAGCAAUGGCAAAAGCAAACGUGUCCUUCUGGGUGCAAAAAGAAGGUAACCAGACUGAUUUACUCUGUGGACGGUCAGCUGACUACAUGCCAACAAAGGAGCAUUUCCCAAUUCUUGUAUGUUCCACUGUUGUUUUGGGAGGACUUCUGAGGGCAUUUUUAAAGAAUUCUGAAGUCAUUGUCUUGAUGAUUCUUUCUCUUGUUGGAUUUUUGAUAGGACAGCUGGCCUACAAUUUUGUUGAGAUGCAUCAAGUCGUCUACCCUCUUCUAAGAACACCAAGUUUUUCAAUUUAUUGUUAUUUUUCACCUUUAAUUAUAUUUAUGGCUGCUUUGAAUGUGGACUUCUAUAUACUCAAGAAUGUGUUUUGGCAGGUUAUGUUAACCGGAUUAAUUAGCUUCUCUACGGCAUUCAUCGUAAUUGGAUAUGUGGUUCUGAAAUUCAAUAAAGAUUCAUGGGAUUUGCAAUCUUGCCUCCUCUUUAGCAUGACCCUUGGCAUGACAGAUCCUGUUCACUCUGUGAAUUCACUGAAAACUAUUGGCAUUUCUAAAAUGUAUACUGAUAUCAUUAGAGGAGAAUCAAUGAUUAUCUGUGGCUUCACAUCCAUUGUUUUUGGAGUUUUUCGGAGCAGCAUACUUAGCAUUUCCAAUUAUAGGGAGUUAUAUAUAAUCAUGGGCCUCAGCUUGGACAUUUUGGGAAGCAUAAUAUGUGGAUAUUGGUGUGCAAGGAUCAUUCAGUUUAUAUUGACUGACCUGUUUAGCAAUACACUGACCAAUAUCGUGCUUUGCAUCUCAAUGGUGUACUUGACUUUCUACAUUGGGGAAUUUUUGGGAAUGUCAGGUAUGGUUGCUUUAGUCGCUGUAGGACUAAAUUUAGAUUCCUUAAGCUUUAAACCGAGGAUCGAGUUAAUAAUUACUAAGUUUCUAAUGAUGUUUUCAUCUGUAUACCAACAUUUAAUAUACACUUUCUUUGGCAUUGUCAUUGGAUGUGGAGAAAUCAAGUAUUUACAGUUUCACACUUUAGUUUUCAUGCUCAUCUUAUUUGCAACAGUGAAUUUUGUAAGGUUACUUACUGUUGUAUUAGUGAGCCCUAUUCUGAGGCAUUCGAAUUAUGAGUAUAACUGGAGAUGGGGCAUUGUUAUAGCAUGGUCUGGAAUUAAAGGAGUUUUUAGCUUACUCUUGGCUCCAGAUGUUCAUAAUCUGGCUGAACAAAAAGUAGAGUCACCACAGCUGUUUAUACUGUAUAUACAAGUAAUAUCAUUAAUGACUAUGGGAAUAAAUUCAUACAUGAUGACUUAUUCAGCCAGGACAUUAGGUUUGUGUGCCAUCUCCCUUCCAAGACAAAUGGCCAUGCAAAAUGCCAUUAAGCACAUCCAGAAGAUAAUACAGAACAGAAUAACUUUAUUUAAAACAGAAAAAAUUUUGACAAAUGUUAACUGGACCUUAGUAGAAGAAAAAACAAAGAUUGAAUACAUCAUUCCUUCUGAUACUGUUCAGUUUCCUCAUGUUUCAUGUGAUAAAAAAGUGAAGGAGGAGUCCCCAACAGAUGAAGUUUUAAUAGAAGAGGCCAGAUUGCAUGUAGCUAUAAUACAAAUGAGUAGCUUUGAAAAACAGUGUAAUGACGGAGUCCUCAGUGUAGAGGCAGCCCGGACAUUAAUUGGUGCAACCAAAAGCUAUUGCCACAUCCAAGGAAAAUUCAUGAGUAUUUAUGAUGUUUCAACUUAUGUAAGAGCUAGAAGUUGGCUUAUGAAGUUUAAAAACAUAUUAACUUUCUUGGAAUAUCAUGAAGAUAAGACACCUCUUUCUCUAUAUGGGAAUAAUAAAUUUCUGAUUUUUAUAUAUCACAUUGUAUUUUCAGAAGAAUUUGAAUAUGCAGGACAUAUUAUACGGAUAAUGUACAUUUAUCCUAUGAUAAUGCAUCUAUGGCCAAUGGCAAGAGAAUUAAAUGUGUCAGCACUGAUAUUAGUAAACUACUAUUUUGUAUUUUUAUAUCUGUUAGAAUCAGCAUUGAAGAUAACAAUUUUGAAAAGCAGAUAUUUUCAUCAACAUUGGAAUACUUUGGAAUUUUGUAUCGUGCUUAUUGGAAUCGUUGAUAUAUUUUGUAUAUACUUUGUCAGAUUGAGACCAGACCACUUGGUUCUUAUUCAGUUUACAGUAAUAAUAGGUUAUUUCAGAAUAAUUAGAUUUAUUCCUCUUAUCAAGGUACUAAUACCACUGCUGAUGAAUAUUGUAGAUGUGCAGAUCAAAAAGCGCCUCAGCUUGAUGUAUAGUAUUACAAAAGGCUAUGUCAAAAGUCAAGAGGAUACCAAGUUUUUAAUAAAACAAAUUUCUAGCCGAAAAUCCAUAAAUCAGAAAUUAUAUGAAAUUUUGGAAACCAACAAACGAGAUGCUGUCAAAGAACUAGGACUCAUAGAGCAUGAGGGUCGUGAUGUUGUCAUUGCUUUGAAGACUAAGCAGGCAAUCCGGAACGUGAUUGCUAAAGCUCUGAAAAGCCUCACCUUCCUUUGGUCAAGAGGCAUUAUUGAUACACAUGAGGGCAUUGAGAUGAAUAAGGUGCUUCUUUCAAAAAUAAAAUCACUGAAUAACUUUCCAAUGGCAAUUCCUCCCCCUACUCCUGACAAAUAUCUUCAUAAUAUCAUCUGGCUAGAAAAUAAAGAUGUUCUCAUUGAGUUCUUCAAGGAAAGAGCCAAACUUGCCUGUUUUGACUAUGGAGAUGUCAUUUGUAAAGAAGGUGAAAUGCCACAAGGAAUCUACUUAAUUAUUUCAGGAAUGGCGAUCCUGCAGAGUUCACCUCCUACCUUUGGAAUAGACAGGAGCCUAAGGGCUGAUAGAGAGUCCGCGACCAGGUUUACAGAGUACUGUACUAGUGGAGACAUAAUUGGAGAGUUGAGCUGUCUGCUUAAGUGUGAAAUUGAAUAUACUGCCAUCUGUGAAACUAUUUUACAGGCUUGCUUUAUCUCCCUGGAGGAUUUAUAUGAAGGCUUUGAUGUCUUCUGGCCAUCCCUGGAAUAUAAAAUAUGGCUGAAGCUUGCUCUCAGUAUUGCCUAUCAGUAUUUUGAAUCAAGUCUCAUUGAUGAGGACUUAAAGUUUCAGAAGUGCGUGGCCCUCAAUCAUGCAUAUGUGGAGACUUUAUCAAGCUAUAACGAAAUGACUAUUGAUAAUGUGAACAUGAAAUUCGUUAUUCUUGUAUACGGCAGUGUUAUUGAUACUAAGACAGAGGUACCAUAUCUUGCACCUUGCAUUUUACCUAAAACCUGUGAACAGGUAAGGAGGAUCAUUUCUAAAGAGUCAUUUGCUUUUCAUUGUGCCCCAUAAGUGACUUUAAAACUCAACCAACCACCUUAAAGAGAAAUUUAACCUAGAAAGACCCUAUAGUUCUCACCUGCCCUUAACAAAACAGUCGAAAUGUACCCAGGGCUUCUGUGUACUGUUGUACAAGUUGUGCCCCGCACAAGAGUGUCACUGAGGGACAAGGGGGGCAGGAAUCUGCCUGCUCUCUACUUGCCAAGCUGUUUGUCCUGGCAUGGGCUGUGCGUCCACAGCGGAAGGAUGGGGUACACUUUUCCUAGUUCACGCCAAGGCAAUGACACUGCUUGCUAGCAUGGCUCUGGAAGUUAUCUGCGCUGGCUGAUAAGAAGGGAGAUGCAUUGGGGCCAUGUCACUUUGCUGACACAUUAGGGGCUAGGGACACAACUUGAUAGAGGGCCCUGGGCCUCAUCAUUCCACGCCUCUGUAAGGAAGGGGGAAGUGUGAACACCUGGGACAAAACAGGGGAUGGGAAGAGUAGAAGCCAGGUCCCUACUGGGCCAAGCCAUGCUGUAGGAUCACAGGAGUGAUGUGAGGACAGAGCCCAAGAAUGAGGAGGACCAAGAGGCCAUGAAAAGAGCUUGACAUCUCUUUAAUCUGGUAAAAAGUUUGGGAGAGACCCUUUCUGCUUGUUCAGGCUGGGAACGUUCACUAAUUUAAUGAAAUUUUACGUCCUGGAAAAGUUGGUAAAUCUCCUAAAAAGUGCAUUUACCACUUUCCUAACCAACGUUAUUUUGUCAACCUCUCAACAAUUCAGAGGGUGAAGGUAAUUUAAAUGUUUUUUUUAAACAGAAAAUGAAAAUUUAGCUUUGAAACAAGGGGUGGGGAACAGUGGGAGCAAUCCCACAGUUUAGUUUAAGACACUAGAGUUAGGAGUCAGGCAUACUUGGAUUUAAAACCUGACACCUGUGCCCACUAGGUGUGUGAGCAGAGGAAAGGUGCCUUCUGACCCUCAGUUUCCUCUUAGUAAGAUGAGGAUAAUAGCAGCAGUCGUCUCAUAAGGUUCUUGUGGGGAUUCAAUGAGAUAAUAUGUGAUAAUAUCUAGAAAUUAUUGAUAGUUAUAAUUGUUACUUAUGUAUGCUCCUUGCAUUCUGGGAGGGCAGAUUCUGUGGCACAUGGGGCAAAAGUUUGAGGAAGAGAGCUCUUUUUCCUAUCUGGGAAGGCUGGGCCCUGAGCCCUUGAAUGUCAGUGUCGGAAUAAAAGUAACUCAGUGGAUGCUGGGGAUUCCAUUUUCCAAAUUCGUUCCAAGUAAGGUGUAGAAAUUUCCUUUCUGAUGUUUACAAAUAUCCAAAAGAUAACCUCCUGGUCCAAGACUUUUUGAAACAAGGUUAAAGAGGAUUUGAAAUGAGAAAGAUAGAGCUUAGGUUGGAGGCUGAGUUCUAGGUUUUGGCUUAUUUCUUAUAUUCUUUGGAAAGGUUAGGAAGCAGCCAUCUUAGAGAUCAAAGAAUGCUCUUUUGACUAAUUUUGACUUUUCUCCUUUAGGUGGAGGGAACUUCAGAUUUAAGCAAGCUGCUGGUUAUCCAAGCACCUGCGCCUGCCGAAAAUAAUAAUAAUGCCAAGGUCAUGGGUAAGGGGUAGCCCUUUAGUGGUAAGAAAAUCACUGAGAAGGAAUUUUGUUACAUGUAAGAUUGAUAUUCUAAGAAAAUGGUUUGAGGGUGUUGUGUGGGUUUAUCAUCCAUCUCCAUUCUUGGGCCCUCCCUGGCUGCCACAUUGCUUCUGGGAGGUCACAUAUCGGAGACUUCCAGACACUGAAAUCCAGGUGGCUCUUACUCUCUCUCGUGCCUUUCCCUCCACAACCUUGUGGGAGGACAGCAGCUUCUACCUUGUACUCUGAUCCUGUAGGCUGGAGCCCCGUAGUGCUGUUGGGGGCAGAGCAGGAAUGGGGAGGGGAUAGACUCACAUAGCAGGCCCAGGUGUGGGAGCCGGUUUUCUCUCAACGACCAAAGGGAAUAUAGAAUCUGACCCAUGCUCAUUGAAAGCCACGGUCAUAGCCACAAUUCAGGUGACUUGCUUUGAGGUGCACUUUGAUAGUCACUAAGUAAUUAUUGUCACUAAAUGCAUAUUAGUACCCAAUUGCUUAUAUCAUGGUGCUAAGCAUACUAUAAAGAAGACUAGAUAGGAAGGCCUUGCUGUAGGGAAAAUACAUUCAAGAUCUUUCACUCAGUGCUCAGCAUCCUGCCUUACCAAGCCUAGUGUCACCAUUUUCCCAGCUACCCCAGCUUGAAAACACAAUCAACCUUGAUUUGCUCCUCUAAUUAGCACCAUCCCAGUGCUUACAAUUCAUGUAACCUGCUAGCCCAGGCAUUCUUAAUGAAUUGUUAAUUUGUGGGGGAGGUGGUUAUGUGAUUUCAAAUUGUGUGCAUAAAGGGCACAUUUUAUCAAUAGUUUACAUCUCAGUGUUACUCAUUUGCAUAAUUCUUAUAAAAUGCAGCCCCACAGUAUGCUGCUGGGCACUGUGCAAAGCACUAGUUGGUGAGUGAGCGAACAAGGCCUCUACCCUUGUCAGGAGGAGAGAUAUUCAAGAAGUAAUUUCACUUCUCCCCUAGAAGCAAAUUCAACCUCAGACAUUCUUACAGCUCACUUUGCAUGCCCUGUUCUGGGGGUCAUACGCAGCACCAUGAUAUUGGGAGCUCCCUCUGCUCCUGGGUCUCCUGUCCAAGUUGGCUAACACUGAGGUGACCAUCACCCCAGCCUUCACAGUGUCUUUAGGUCUGCCACUUUGCUACUUCCCCAGCACUCUUGGGGCACAGGAGUGUAUGGCAAGGCUGGGAGCUCAGGGUCUAAUGUCAGCCCCCUUAGGGCACCCUGAGGGCUAUUUUAGAGUGAGGGAAAUAUAUAUCACUCUGCAUUCCACGAUGUGUUUGGGAGGAAAGUCACAAAUGGUAGGCCCAUGGACUUGAUCCAGCCAGUACACUGGAUUUGGCCCACAUACAUGUUUUCUUUUAAAAUUGUCAAAUAUGUAAACAUCCAGAAAUUUCACAUUUAAAAAAAUCCAGAUUUUGAGCUUUUCUUGAAAAAAAAAUCAGAAAGUCUGCCAACCCUCGGUCCUCAUAUCUAUGUGUGGCAACAAUCAGACAGAGCUGAGCACCUCUGGCUCCUACAGGGGAAGCAGAUGCUCUACGGUUUGCCUCAGUCCACUCCCUCUUGUGUUAUAUCCAAACCAUUUUGUUUGUGUGACCUGCCUCUUCUCAUUUGGGUUUGCCAGCCCUUGUAUUGGACUUUUGGGAGCCUAGUAACAAAUGUCCUUGAGGGGAAAAAAGUAAAAAGCCUGUUUGAAAGGGGAGAAGAGAAAGGCGACACUUACAGGGAGAAAGUAAGUUGAAAUUUCAAAAUAUCCUCCUGCUACCUAUACUCUUAAAUUCCUAAUUUAGUUUUUCUGUUUAAUGCAUUUAUUUGGAUUGGCUCAGUCAACACUGGUCUUGGAAUGACCAAGAGAGACUAUCACUGGAAGAGGAAAAAUGAGUUGGAAACUGGAUACCAUUUUAGAAAAGGACGUUAAUGGCACUUAUGUGAUACCUGGAGUCAGGUUAAAGACCGAGCUAAUAUCCUGACUCAAGUGCUGAAAGAUUGUCUGGCAAGGAGUUUACUUAGAAGUUGCUAAAACAAUUUACUGCUGCAUUUAUUUUACAAGCAAUUGAUGGACUGCUGCAAAAGCUCUAAUUCUAAGUAGUUGCAUUAUAUUUAAGAUGUUCACAAUUCCUCAGGAUAAUAUAAGAUAUCCUAAAGCUUAUGGCCUAGCAAAUGAAAUCCUGCAUCCAGCUGAGAGCAAGUUAUAAUAGAGCAGGAGUUAUCAAAAGCACUGUACAAUUAACAUACUACUAUCUAAAGCAUAGGACCUAUAAUUUUGAUUUGUGAUAUUGCUACAAUUAGUGCCUCCCUAAUGUUUUUCAGAGUAAAAUUAUUUCCCCCGUCCCCAAUUUAGUAAAUAUUGAAAAACGGAAUAGGUUCCAUAACUUUAGUUAUUGAAAGCACAGUUUAGGAGAAGUUAACAAUCUUACAUUGCAUAGUACUGUUUGAUAUCACUUUUCAUUUUAUUUUAAAAAGUCAAAUAAAAUAGAAUUUUAUGAUC